CGUCAGUGACACAGCUUAAAGUCACCUAGCCGUCAGUCUAUCCAUAUCAACCAAAAAGUAGCCAUCAUGCAAACGAUGCAAAUUUACUGUCCAGAAAACAAAGUACAACUGAUUCCCUCUGUCGAAUGAUUACCUCAUUAAUCAACACUUUAUCAAUGCCGACUCCCUUACUCUCGCGCCACGUGGCAGUCAUCGGCGCCGGUGCAGCAGGCCUAGUCGCCGCACGUGAGCUCCGGCGAGAGGGACACCAAGUCGUAGUCUUUGAGCGAGAAAACCAAAUUGGCGGCACAUGGGUUUACGAUUCCCGGGUCGAACCAGACCCAUUAGGUCUCGACCCAACCCGACCGAUAAUCCACUCCAGCUUAUACAGCUCUCUACGAACAAAUCUCCCAAGAGAAGUAAUGGGUUUUGUAGAUUAUCCGUUUACAGCCAGGAAUGGUGAAAAUAGAGACCCGAGAAUGUAUCCGGGUCACAGAGAGGUGUUGCUUUACUUGCAAGAUUUUGCAAAGGAGUUUGAGAUUGAGGAAUUGGUCAGAUUUGAGACAGAAGUGGUUUAUGUGGGAUUAGUUGAAGAGAGUAAGAAGUGGAAGGUUAGGUUUAAAAAGAAAAGAUUUGGUGUUGAUUUAAAUGAUGAGGUUUAUGAUGCUGUUGUUGUUUGUAAUGGGCAUUACACUCAACCUUUUCCUGCUGAAAUUCCAGGGAUUAGUUGUUGGCCAGGGAAGCAAAUACAUAGUCAUAACUACCGUGUUCCCGAGCCUUUCCAAGAUAAAGUGGUAGUUUUGAUUGGGAAUUCAUCAAGUGGUCUUGAUAUAUCCAGAGAAAUUGCUGGUGUUGCCAAAGAGGUCCAUGUGACGGCAAGAUCAGUUGCGAGGGAAACAUAUGCAAAACAGCCCGGAUAUGAUAAUUUGUGGCUUCAUUCUAUGAUAGAAAGUGCCCGCGAAGAUUGUUCUGUAGUUUUUCAAAAUGGGAGAAUUGUCCCUGCCGACAUCAUUCUACAUUGCACAGGGUACAAAUAUCACUUUCCUUUCUUGGAAACCAACGGCAUCGUGACAGUGGAUGAUAACCGUGUGGGGCCAUUAUACAAGCACGUUUUCCCCCCAUCUUUAGCCCCAUGGCUUUCAUUCGUCGGGUUACCAUGGAAGGUCAUCCCUUUCCCAUUGUGUGAAUUUCAAAGCAAGUGGAUUUCUGGCAUUUUAUCAGGUAGGCUUGUGCUUCCGCCGCAAGAAGAAAUGACAAAAGAUGUGGAAUCCUUCUAUCUUUCACUUGGAGCUUCAAAAAUUCCAAAGCGAUAUACGCAUAACAUCGGCGAUCACCAGUUCGACUAUGACAACUGGCUUGCUGCUCAAUGCGGGUGUGAAUGUGUUGAAGAAUGGAGAAAGCAAAUGUAUAUUUCAAGUAGCAAACGCAAGCGCCUUGUACCUGAUACAUACCGUGAUGAAUGGGACGAUGAACAUAUUCUCUUGGAAGCCUAUGAGGACUUCAGCAAGUACACUUCAAAAGGAUAGGGUCAUAAUUCCGUUUCUUAAUAAAAGCAGAUGAUACAAAUAGUAACCUUACAAGCUCAAAGGAACCACCCAUUGAAUUUUUACAGUUGAUCUCCUAAAUACCAUCUGCUAUAUUACUGUCACAUUUGUCUAUAUCCCAUUGUUCUGAUAAAUUCUAAAGAAUAAAGAGUUCUAAAAAGAGAUUUUCAAAUGCAUUAA